GAGUUCAAGGCCGCCUUCGACAUGUUUGACACCGACGGUGGCGGUGAUAUCAGCACCAAGGAGUUGGGUACCGUGAUGAGGAUGCUGGGCCAGAACCCGACAAGAGAGGAGUUGGAUGAGAUCAUCGAGGAGGUCGAUGAGGACGGUAGCGGUACCAUCGACUUCGAGGAGUUCUUGGUCAUGAUGGUGAGGCUGCUAAAGGAGGACCAGGCCGGCAAGAGCGAGGAAGAGUUGGCAGAGUGCUUCCGUGUGUUCGACAAGAACGGCGACGGCUACAUCGACAGAGAGGAGUUCGCCCUCAUCAUCCGCAGCACCGGCGAGCCCAUCACAGAGGAUGAGAUCGAUGAGCUGAUGAAGGAUGGAGACAAGAACGCCGACGGCAUGCUGGACUUUGACGGUACGUGUGUGAUGAGGAUGAUGAUCAUGAUAAG